AUGGAAUUGCCUCGAACAGUAACUGAAGCCAUCGCAUACCGUAAGCCAAAGCGUAACCCUUUCACGAUUUCUUUCUGUAUGCAAGGGCACCGCCAAAUUGUACAGGCCUCGCUUUUCCAUCUGGCUGCCCUGAGUGAAGAUCCUAGGAUAGAAACCGAUAUCUUUAUUGUCGCACCGUUCCGCGAACGCCAAAUAGACUAUAUGGUCUUCACAUGUCAGUGGAAGGGCACAGAUAAGGAACGAACGUACUAUUCCCGUCUUGGCGCUGAUGGGGCAUUCAUCAGCUAUGGCAAAGCUAAACUCGAAUACGGUAGGUUGGCAGCUGCCUGCCUUCUUUUGGCAGGCGACGUGCAAGUUGGCGGGCAUGAUUACCCAGAUCAAGAUGCCAUCACUGUCACUAUGGCAGGAUCGCAGAACAAACCGAAUUUUGACAAGAUACCGCUCCUGGUCGCUCAUCCGAAGUGGACGCCAACAACUCACCUCCGAGCGGUCUACCGCUCACGUCGAAAUGAUGCAACUCAACUCCGAAUGGAUGGAGAAAAGCCGAUCGAACGGGCGGAGCGAGAGCGAGGAUGUCGAUGGGAAUUUGAACACGGGAACGCACCACGAACGGUCGAGGGACCAUCGUUCACAACCACCACACUCUCCGACUCCAUGCUCUUCGAUUCGUAG